AUGCGCUGCCUCAGUCUUAUCCUCUCUGCAGCAAUCACUGUGGCCUCUGCAGCCGAACUCCAGCGAAUUCCCCUCUAUCGACGAUGGGAUGACUCUCCCGGCCUCAAAAAAGAGGCCAUGAUCAAUGAUAAUGGCUUGUUGGUAGCCAAGAUGCAAGUCGGUACUCCCGCCCAAGAAUUCACCGUCCUAUUUGACACAAGUUCGUCCCUGACUUGGGUUCCUUCUACAAAGUGUCACAGCACAGAGUGUACAACAUUUUCGAGCGAUCCUUACGACACAAACAAGUCAACCACUGCCGUCGAUCUCCACAAAAAGCAAUCGAUCAAAUACGGCGGUGGAAAGUGCAUUGACGUUGAACUCUACAGGGAUACUGUGUCUGUGGCUGGUCUCCCGGUCACAAACCAGCUCAUCGGUUCAGCAUACAGUGUAUCGAACAUCGGAGAUGACAAAUAUAUUGGCUAUCUCGGUCUCGGUGGAUUUAAUGAAGACGGCUCGACUGACUAUCUCAACUCAACUACCAAGAAGAUUACCGGUGGUUCCCAUGAAAUUUCAUCUCGGCAGUACUAUGGAUCUGGCGGUUACGCACAAAACUCCUUCCAACUGGGCUACGGUCAGCAAUCACAGCAGUUUGGCAUGGUGGCCACAGACUCGAGCGGUUUCUAUGGCAAGCGAGGCGACACCCCCCAGGCCGAGUUUAUUAUCGGCGGUGUGGACCACACAGUCUACAAGGGCCAGAUUGCCUACCUUCCUCUACCGACCUGCGACUAUGGAGACUCACCAUACUGGAAGACAGCCCUAACCUGCGUCAAGAUCGGCAACAAUGUCGAUAUCAAACUCGCACCAAAAUCCCUGGCCACCCUCAGCUCGGGAACUAACUUUAUGAGCGCCCCAACGAAGCAGGCCAACUUGCUGCACAAGGCGAUUGGGGCUCAAUACGAUGACGCCACAUUCACGUACAAGCUCAAGUGCUCGACCAUCAAGGAUUUGCCCGACCUGAGCUUCUCGUUCACAAAUUACAAGGUCACCUUACCCUCGUCGCUCUACACCGCCAAGACCGAUGAUGGUGAAUGCUACUCCCUCAUCCGUCAGAACACCAAUGAAAAAGACUGGAUCCUUGGCGGUUCCUUCCUCAACAACUUUUACCAUAUCUACGAUCUUGGCAACAAGCGAAUCGGUCUCGCUACCCCCAAGGGAGGCUGUACUGCAAAGAUUCACAAAACUGGCAGUCGAAGCACCAAGAGCAACUAG